AUGCAAAGACCGCCACUGUAUGAACGUAGUACCGCAUAUUAUUUUUUGGCGGCAAAUUUAAUAGAAAAUUAUGGAUAUCAAUCACGAGAAACAAGAGAAAUUACGCGCAGAGCAAAACUUAGGAAUAGAAUUAACCCACUGGACAUAAAUGAAACCGAAUUUAAAAAUAGAUAUCGCCUAAAUAAAGAAGCUUUUAAGUUCCUCUGUGAGCAACUUAAACAUAAAACAUCAUUAACAUCGAGUUCUAGAAUUAGUCUAGAACUUAAGGUUCUUUGUGCAUUAUCUUUUUAUGCCAAUGGUUCAUAUCAGCGAAUAGUGGGAAUGGCUAAAUAUUUGGGCCAAACAACAGUGAGCAAAUGUGUGAAGGAAGUCACUGAUGCUCUUGUAACUCCUGCAAUCCUUAACACCUUUAUAAGAUUCCCCAGUACUCGAGCUGAAAGAGACCUAGUAAAAAGCAACUUUUUUGCGAAGUACGGUUUUCCUGGAGUUAUAGGAUGCAUUGAUGGAUGCCAUUUCCAUAUUUUUACACCCAGGAAAGAAAUUGAACAUUUAUUUUAUUGUAGAAAACAUUUUCAUUCAUUAAAUGUACAAAUGAUAUGUGAUAGUGACGGCCGAAUUCUAAAUGUGAAUGCAAAAUAUGGAGGAGCCACCCACGACGCUUUCAUAUGGGAAAAUAGCCUAGCUAAUAACUACAUGCAGGAGUUACAUCGAAAUAAUGAACAUGUAUGGUUAUUAGGUGAUUCCGGCUAUCCACAACGCCCCUGGUUAAUGACACCAAUUCCGGAUGCUGCUGAAGGGACUCCAGCAUACAAAUACACAGCAGUCCAUGGAAAGACGAGGGUGGCUAUAGAAAAUACUUUUGGCCGAUUAAAAAACCGAUGGCGUUGCUUAUGUAAAGAUCGCACACUCCACUAUGGACCGGAGAAAUGUGCAAAAAUCAUUACUGCGUGCAGUGUGUUGCAUAAUUUAGCCCUAAAAUUUAACGUACCCGAACCGGAACCAGAAGAACUCCAAAACAUAUCUUUAUCUUUUUCUGACCAUCUUUUUCAGGAAAAUGGAGGAGAUGACUUAAUUAGGGGAAGGGCGAUGAGGAAUAUUUUAGUAGAUAGAAUUAAUAGAUUACACUCAUAACUUUAAUUCUUUAUUAAUAAUUUUAAAAAUUGCAUUUUUGAACAAUUAAAAAAUAACCUUAA